AUGUCUUCGAGCUCAUCUACUUCAAGGAAUCGGCUACAAGUGACUCAUGUUCGGUCGCGAGAAGGGGUAAAGCUUUGUGAUUGCGGCGUUCCAGCUAAAGAACGAACGUGUUGGAAGAUAACAAACCCUGGGAGGCGUUUCUGGAAUUAUCAAAACACUUCUUUGAAUUGGAAAGACGAAGAACAAGCAGAAUGGUACUACAAAAACCUUAUAUAUUCUCUGAAGCAGAAACUGGAUGCUAAAGAGGAUCUGUUUGAGAUGAACAAUUUGAGGAGAAGGAUUGCUGAAGUGGAGUUCCUGCUGUCACAGGAGCAGUAUAAGGUGGCAAAGAGUGAGAAAGAAGUUUAUGAUGCAAGGAUGGAAAUAGGCAGAACAGAAAGUCAGUAA